AUGAGAGAUGAUCCGAGUAAACGUUCGCCAUCUCAGAUGAAACAUCCAUCAUCUCAAUUGAAAUGUGAAAUUAUUGCGCAACAAAUUCUCAAGAAACUACUGACUAAACGUUCCUUCGAGAAAUACCUUGUUGAUAGCACGGUAAGGGAAGUGUUAAAUAAUGCAGGAUCAGCUGAUACUACUACUUAUGGGCAACAGUUUGUCAUACAAAAUUUGGAAUUUGAAUCAGCAACAAGUUGUCGACGCUCAGUUAUUCACGGGAAUAUUGAUUUAUUAAUAUGCCACCUGAAACUUAUCGUGGAAUCGUUCAUUAAAAGCUCAAAUCUUGCAUUCUGUGAUAUUAGUGCUAAUAUAAAUCGUGAUGCUGCCUCAUUAUUUUCUGUUCGAUUGCAACUGGAACAAUUCCUGAAUUCGGAUCACUUUCAGUUACUACGUUUCGAACAAUUUAUUAGACGUCUUUACACACUGCUGCGUUGUUUUGCUGCCAGAAUUUCAACCCCAUUUCAAAUUGCUAAUUGUGCAUUUUUCGCUAGCUGCCUGUGCGACUUAUUAUACCGUUUCGAAGAAUUUUGCUCUAUACAUGAAAAGAAUUUCACAUCAAAAUUUGAAGAACUUCAAAAAGCUAUCAAUAUAUUUCAUGAUGUUGUUGUACGACGUCUAAAUGAGAUGAUCGCAUCAAGAAUCAAACAGAAAAGAGUAGUGAAACGGAAAAUUGCUGGAAGUAAUUCAUUACGACGCACUUCAGGUAGACCAAAAUCUGCAGCAACCUUCCAUGAAGUUGAAAAAUCGUUACGUAGCCCAGGAUAUUUGUUACCUCAUGACCUUCGCGAAAAACGUCGAUUGAUGCAGUUACGUCGAGCUACAACGUCAUUUUCACCUUCAAGUCAGAGAUUUUCGAAAUACACACCUCAAAAAACCAUUCAAAAAGAAAUGGUUCAUCGGUUAGCUCGUAAAAUAACCAAAGAAAUGAUAAAUGGUUUAGCGGCGCGUGUAGACGACGUGGUAUUAACAUCCGCAUGA